CAGAUACAUAUUCUUACAAGAUGUAAAUGUUAUAUUCAAUUUCGAGUGAUCGAGUAUCAAAUACAAAGUUUUCUGUGCACAUUAUUAAAAUACAUGUCAAACAUUUAAGUAAAUGGCAUAUUAUAGGUAGGUACUAUACAGUUAAAUAUUAUUAUUUUAUUUAUUAAUUAAUUUUAAAUUACCAAAAUUAUAUUUAACAUUCUAAAUACUAAUUAUACUAAUACUAUUGUACUAGAUGUAAUGUUUUAUACAGGUACUAGUUUUGACAAUAAAUCCCACCAUCACUAAGUUGAAAAUAAAUACAAUUUUUUUAUAAAUGUAUUUCACAUAAAUGGCAUUUCAUUGCUAUAUUGUGAUCAAUAUUUAGUUAAAUCAAUUUUAAAAGUCAUUUAUACAUUACUCAUUCAUAUUUAUAUUUUAAUAUAAUUUAUAAUUACAAUAUAUGAUUGAUACGUAUAAUAUGUAUAAUAAAUCAUUCUUAUUGUCAUAUGAUAAAUUAUUUUUUAAUUAUGUCGGACAUUAAAUUAUACUCUAUAUUUAAAUUAUAAUUUGUAUAUAAAAUUCUUUUAACUUAUACAUAUUUAGUUGAUAACUUUUGUUUUUAACAAUUUUUAGGUAUGCCAUGGAAAAACGACAUUUUCUCUGACAAUUGAUAUGAACUGAAUUAAUUUAUAACAAGAGUAAAGCAACUAAUAUAACUGCAAACAGAGAAAUAUGGAUUUGAAUUACAGGAUUAAUCGAGAUGUUACUUGUAUAGCAAACUCUGAAAUUGAAACUAAUAAAAUAAUUUCGGAAAAAAGACAAUGCAAUUUAAAUGUAAAUGUAAUAAAAUAUAAACGUGAAGUUACUAAACAAAAACGAAUAUCUGGAGAAGCUUACAUUGGUUAUAGAAGAUGUGGGAAAAUUGUUGAUCAUAACACAAUGAGAAGCAAAAGAAUUAUGAAAGAAACAUGUAGUUCUAAAAAAUGUCAGAACCUUAAGAACAGAUUUUGUCAAAAUUUUGAUGAAAAAUUAAGAAGAGAUAUUUUUAAAAAAUUUUGGUCCACCACGACUUGGGAGGAAAAGAAAACUUUUGUAAUUAGUAUGGUGGCAAAUACACCGCGUAAAAGUGACACUACGGGACUUGGAGAUGAAAGCAGAAGGUCAAAUACAUUUAUAUAUUUCUUAAACCAUACAAAUACUGAACGAUUGCAAGUAUGUAAAAUUAUGUUUUUAAAUACUUUGGGGUUAAAUGAAUGGAUGGUGCGAAAUUGGAUAAAGAAAUAAUGAAAAUUGUUCGCAUUCAUUAACUACCAAUAAUGCAGUACAUUAUCACCAAGCAAAACACAUACUCAAACAGACCCAUAGAAACAUUAGAUUUAAAAAAUAA